AUGUCAGGCCACCAAGACCUCGCAACUAUGCCUAAGCCAAAAAUUGUUCUUUACGCGGAAGCACUGACCCACAUCGGGCAACUGACUCUGCAUGCUUCACUUCAAACAGAAAAGAACGAGCACACGAAAAUCCUGCUCUCCUCAGAUAAGAAAGUCAUUACCGCCAUUCACGAUGGGGAAUCGUCCAGCAUCUAUCUCCCGACCCAGAUUUCUGGCACGGCUCACGUCACGUUCCCCAUUGACAAGAGGACGGAAAUAUCGACUCGCUUGCAGAUAGACGACGUUGGGCAGCUCAAGCCUACGAGUGAGGGACUGAGCGACGUUGAAGCCCCGUGGUCUGCAGUCAGCCUGCAGGGACAUAGUUCCAUUUACUGCAGCCAAUGCGAUGCUGCUCUUCUGGUGACGGACAAAGUCACGACCUGGAAAGAUUUGCCAAGCGAAAACUGGGCCGAGUUGAUGGACUUUUGGUUCUGCCAUAAGCCUCACAACAAGCACUCUCCUCAUGAUCAUGCAGCCGCCAGCAACCUCUCUGCAAAGGGUAAAGUCACUCCCUCUCCCGGCGUGGGUUUAGUGGAUACGGUUUCUUUCCUGUUGUGCGCAGAAGAUUGUGCAAGCAUUGAGGUGACCAAGGACCCCACAAAGGAAGGCGUCGAUAUCCUUCGAUGUGUUUCUUGCAAAAGCAGCCUCGGAUCUGGUGCAGAGGACGAGAAAAGCUGCCGCCUCUAUAAGUCCAGGCUGGCAGUGAUCCCAGAACCAGGUCAAGCUCCGGAAAGAUUUCCCGCGGCUGUCUUCCUGACCGCGCAGCUACUGUCCCUAAUUGGGAGCUCGGUGAAUCGCAGAGUUGUCGUCCACGACGACAAGCAAUCUGACUCCGAGCACGAUCGUCCAGGUCUUCUCCUUUGGAUCUUCAACCCUGAUAUCUACUAUUCCAGCAGCAAACGUGGACCGACAGCACACCGCGCUAUGAAGGUAUUCUAUAAAUCUCUUCCUCACCCGGAGGAGUUUCUGGACGGUGCCGGUUCAAACUGCGAAGAGCUUGUUGUUCCCAACGAGGAUUUUUGUGAAUUCGAGCAGACCUUGAAAGAAAGCACAGAUAUCCUCCCUCCAUCGGCGCGAAAAUUCCAGGACUGGGACGUCGGUCUUCUGGACCGGUGGGAAAAGAAUGCGACAGGUUCCGCCAAAAUGGACGAAAACCCAUUGAAUAAGAAAGUGGAAGAAGGAUUCGAACUGUUCAAGUUGCCUGCCGGAAUGCAGGAACUUUAUCUCUAA